AUGGCCAAUCAGCCCAAGGCGGCGGCGACUGGAGGCGAGAGGAGGAGAGGAGAGGAAGAUGAGCUUGCACUUCAAGCUGUGCCUUGGUCGCCGUCCCUCCUCGAGGCGCCCCCUCUCUGGGGCAAAGUACACCUCCAGGAGGGCAAGCAAGUCGUUGAGCCGGGGCAUUUUGGGAGGCAUCGCGGCGAGGCGCCGCGGCCUGUUGGUGGUUUUCACGGCCGAACAAAGCUUGCCAGAAAAGGCAAGAUUCAACAUAAUUCGUUUUGGCGUCGACUUCGUUUAAAACUAGGAAAGCAGGAAGUUCGCGCGUAUGAACGCUUCGACCCAGAAACGUAUCCCCUAGCGAGGGCGUUCUAUGCUAAGCUUGCCGAACUCAGUGACAAGGAAGUCUUGAAGACGUGUACCAUGGAUGCCACUGACGCCGGGGUGGCUUCGAGCGAUGAUCAUGAUGAAGAGAAUGACGAGGACGAAUCUACAGCUAUCACAGCCACCGACACGGGGGUGGUUCUUGCGGUAACUACAUAA